AUGACUGUUACUUUUGGGCCAAUUUUCAAGCUUCUUCGCAAAGAUCAAGGUUGUGUGUGGGCUGAAGAUUGCCAUAAAGCUUUUGAUAGUAUCAAAGAGUACCUGUUGGAGACUCCUAUUCUGAUUCCUCCAAUGCAAGGAAUACAUUUGGUUAUGUAUUUGACGAUACUAGAAGAUUCCAUGGGUUGUGUUCUCAGUCAACAAUGUGAAACUGGAAGAAAGGAGGAUGCCAUUUACUAUUCGGGUAAGAAAUUCACAGAUUAUGAGUCUCGAUACUCUAUGCUCGAAAAUACUUAUGUUUUAGCUUGGAUGUUGUUGUCAGAAUACGAUAUUGAGUACCAUACCAAAAAGGGAAUAAAAGGAAGUAUCUUGGAUGACCAUUUAGCUCACCAGCCAAUGGACGACUAUCAAUCCAUUCAAUUUGACUUCCCUACGGAUGUAAUGUACUUAAAAGCGAAAGAUUAUGAUGAACCGUCGCCAAGUGAAGGGCCAUAUCCAGAAUCCCGUAGGGGCUUGAUAUUUGAUGGAGAUGUUAAUGCUUUUGGAAAUGGAAUUGGGGCAUUCAUUGUCACUCCUCAAGGUUAUCAUAUGCCAUUUACUACAAGAUUAACAUUCACUUGUACGAACAACGUGGAAGAGUAUGAAGCAUGCAUGAUGGGUCUUGAAGAGGCUAUCGACUUGAGAAUCAAAAAUUAUGGAUGUAUAUGGAGAUUCAGCUUUGGUGAUUAA